AUGUACAGCGAAGAGGAAUUAAAAUUGUUAGCAGAGCUAAGAAGGAAACGAGGUGUUGUCAAAGCAGCCCUCACACGUGCCCAAACCUUUGUUUCAAAUUUCGUUAUCGGUGAGCAAGCAGUCUCAUUACUCGAGUUCAGGCAGGAGGAGCUGCCACAAAUAAACAGGAAGUUUGAUGACAUUCAGUCCCAGAUCGAGUUGAUUGCUAUUGAAGAUACUGUAGAAGCUGAAACGGAGAGGAAUAAUUUUGAAGAACUUUAUUUUAUGAUAAGAUCACAGAUGCAAGAAAUUAUCAAGGCAGAUAAGGCAUCAAACACUUCUGUUCACAAUGCUUCGCACAUAUCCAGCAGUUCAGGACAUCGGAAUCAGCUGCCACCAAUACCACUGCCAUCGUUCGAUGGCAACAUACAAGAAUGGUCUUCAUUCUUCGAUAUUUUCCGUGCUAUAGUACAUGAAGGAAAUGAAUAUUCAGAUGCUCAGAAGUUUUAUUAUUUGCGUUCGUGUUUACAAGGGCAAGCAUUAGACUUGGUGCGUUCUAUUCCUAUCAACGACGGCAACUAUUCAGUAGUUGUUGAAAGGCUCAAGCAACGAUACGACAACCCUAGUCUUGUAAUUCAGUCGCACAUACGAUCGCUUCUUGAAUGUCCAAGGAUCGAAGAACCAUCAGCAUCAGCGCUGCAAGAACUUUAUUCACAUGUAAGCACUCAUGUUGCUGCACUGAGCGCGCUUGACCAACCAAUCGAACACUGGGAUGCGUGGUUAAUCACUAUAGUUACAGGACGUCUUGACAGAAGCACCGGGCACGGAUGGCAACUACAUCUGAGAAACACUAAUUUACCCAAGUACUCGGACCUCGAAUCGUUUCUGGCUAGCCGGUGUGUGGCGUUAGAAGGUUCAGAGGCAGUAGGUUUAAAUCAAAAGGGAUCUAAGGUUAUUCAAAAUAAUUCGGGCACAAGGUAUCCAAAACAAAAUCAAUUGAAGGAAGCUCAACUCACCCAAUCAGCUAGUAGUAAGAAGUUCGGAGCUCACUCAAGAGGUGCUCUUUUAGCAGCAUCCGAAGUAAAAGAAAAAUGCGCAUACUGCACAAGCAUGCAUAGGUUGUAUACAUGUAGCAGUUUUAAGAACCUUUCAGUCGGAGAUCGAAUUAACUUUGUACGUGAAACUAAGCUAUGUUUCAACUGUCUUCAUCCAGCACAUGUAGCUGACAAAUGCAGAUCAAAAUAUAAUUGCUUUGUCUGCAAAGGGAAGCACAAUACUUUACUUCAUUACGAAAGAAAAAGGGAACCUUCGAAAUCUGUGAGUGACGAGGACACGCCUGAAGAAGGUGUAGCUUCGUCUUCAAACCAAACUGGCUCAAAAAGGGUAUUACUAGUUCAUCAAGGACAUGGACACGUAUUUUUGUCAACUGCAGUAGUUAUAGUAAGGGACCAUCAAGGUGUGCGUAGGAAAUGCCAUGCCAUACUAGAUAGUGGCUCGCAGGAAAUAAAAGAAAUAGGAAAGAACCAAAUGAUCUUAAAAAUUUCAUUGUCACUGCUAGCACUAGUGCACAGUACACAGAACCUACACAAAGCAAUGUACAGACAACUGAAGAUUUCUACAGAAUAA